GAGUGUAUGCACGUGUGUGUAGAACAUUAACACCUUACUGCUACCCAUAAUGCACUGUGGGAAAGGUAACACCCAUGUUUUUGUGACCUGGAGCAAAGUGGAGACAGAAACUACUACCUGUCUGAGGAGAGAAGAGAGAUAGAACUAUCGGCUAACUGAGCAGACAGGGUGAGCUCAAACUGGGUUAUGUCUUUGUUUUGUUUUAUCGGUUUGGAGUUUGUUUGUGUGACUUUUGGCAUCAGAAAGGUGUGAGCGGGACAGAGACGAGGGAGGAGCUGCAGGGUUUUCCCAUGUAUGGACUGCAGCUCCUUUCAUAUGGUAAACAGACGAUCACAUGGGGCAAUAGUCUUGAAGCAGUGGGGAGAAAAGGGAGGGAAAGGAACCAGGAGAGUGUGAGUGUGUGUGUGUGUGUGUGAGUGAGUGAGAAAGGACACACACAUACUGGAGGACUCUGGCCUGCCCCAUGUGCAGGAGGCGGCACUUUUCACCCUGAGGUUAGAGCCCACAGGAUCACAUUACACAAAGCAAAGGAACCAACAGAUUCAACGUGAGUUCCAUGUUGUGGUCAAACUGAAUCCUGCUUCUUGCUUCUUCACCGAGGCCUCAAUAUGGCUGUACUACUUUAAUUUGUCUCCAUGUAGAUUCCUUUUUGGGGGGGGGGGAGUGGAAGCUUAGCAGUCAGAGCCACCCAGGUCCUCACAACUGGAGUCCUCUUCUCUGGUCCUAAGAGGGAAUUAAAGACCCAAAGAUGCCCACUAACUUCACUGUAGUACCAGUGGAGGAUGCAGAGGGCGGCAGCAACGGUGCGGGAGCAGCUGGAGACGCCAAACCUGUCAGUCUGGACAAAAUAUUUCGGGAGGACGCUAAUGAGGACAACUCACAAGGCGAUGACGUCCAGGGUGAGUCCAGUCCAUUCAUCAACAACUCGGAGAACGAUGAAGAACCUUAUUAUGAAGGGAAGAACAUGGCCCUGUUUGAGGAGGAAAUGGACAGUAACCCCAUGGUGUCGUCUCUGCUCAACAAACUCGCCAACUACACCAACCUGACCCAGGGCGUCCGUGAGCACGAGGAGGAGGCCGAAAACGAGGAUGGGGUCAGGAGGGUCACGGUCACGGUCCCCCAGAUGGGAACCUUCAUUGGCGUUUACCUGCCGUGCAUGCAGAACAUCCUGGGCGUCAUUCUCUUCCUGCGACUCACCUGGAUCGUUGGUACGGCGGGAAUCCUGGGCUCCUUCGCCAUCGUCAGCAUGUGCUGCAUCUGUACUUUGCUCACAGCCAUAUCAAUGAGUGCCAUAGCAACCAAUGGCGUUGUUCCAGCUGGUGGCGCGUACUACAUGAUCUCCAGAUCUUUGGGUCCUGAGUUUGGAGGAGCAGUUGGACUCUGUUUCUACCUGGGAACGACCUUCGCUGGAUCCAUGUACAUCCUGGGAACCAUAGAGAUCCUGCUGACGUACAUCAUUCCAACGGCGACAGUGUUUAAAGAAGGCGAGGAUGCAGCCACGCGCAAUAACAUGCGCGUAUAUGGCACGGGCUGCUUGGUCCUUAUGGCACUGGUGGUGUUUGUCGGGGUGAAGUAUGUGAACAAACUGGCUCUGGUAUUUCUGGCCUGUGUGGUUCUCUCAAUCAUGGCCACGUACGCAGGAGUCAUCAAGACCAUCAUCGAACCACCCGAGUUUCACGUCUGUUUGUUGGGCAACCGCUCACUGAAGAACGAAAAGUUUGAAACGUGUGCAAAGAUGGAGCUGGUGAAAAACAAGACGAUGACCACCGAGCUGUGGCCGCUCUUCUGUGACAGUCAACUCCCCAAUGCUACCUGCGACGAAUACUUCAUCUUGAACAACCUGACGGAGAUACGGGCCAUACCGGGUCUUCUGAGUGGAGUUAUCAAAGAUAACCUGUGGAGCACCUACGGUCCGGCUGGUAUGUUGAUAGAGAAGAAAAGCCAGCCGUCAGCACCAGCUCAGGAAGCUGUGGACACAUAUAAUAAACAUUAUGUCAUCAACGACAUCAGCACAUACUUCACUCUGCUGGUGGGGAUUUACUUCCCGUCGGUCACAGGUAUAAUGGCUGGUUCUAAUCGGUCAGGUGACCUCAGAAAUGCCCAGAAGUCGAUCCCAAUAGGAACCAUAAUGGCUAUUCUCACCACCUCCUUUAUCUACCUGUCUUGCGUGGUCCUGUUUGGAGCCUGUAUUGAAGGAGUGGUGCUGAGAGACAAGUUGGGUUUCUCGGUGAAGAAAAACCCAGUGAUUGGUGUUCUGGCGUGGCCAUCACCCUGGGUGAUUGUGAUCGGCUCCUUCUUCUCCUGCUGUGGGGCGGGGCUUCAGAGCCUCACUGGCGCCCCCCGGCUGUUGCAGGCUAUUGCUCGGGACGGCCUCAUCCCGUUCUUACAGGUCUUUGGUCAUGGAAAAGCCAACGGUGAGCCGACGUGGGCUCUGUUACUGACAGUCGGGAUCUGUGAGAUCGGAGUCCUCAUCGCAUCUCUGGACGCUGUCGCCCCCAUUCUCUCCAUAUUCUUCCUCAUGUGUUACCUGUUUGUGAACUUGGCCUGUGCCGUUCAGACUUUACUCCGUACGCCCAACUGGAGACCUCGCUUCAAGUUCUAUCACUGGACUCUGUCCUUUUUGGGGAUGAGCCUGUGUCUCUCCCUCAUGUUCGUCUCGUCCUGGUACUACGCCCUGGUUGUCAUGGUGAUCGCAGGAUGCAUCUACAAGUAUAUAGAGUACAGAGGAGCAGAGAAGGAGUGGGGAGACGGAAUCCGAGGCCUGUCCUUGAACGCAGCACGCUAUGCUCUCAUCCGCCUAGAGGAAGUUCCACUACACACCAAAAACUGGAGGCCUCAGGUGCUGGUGCUGUGUAAACUGGACUCAGACCUGGCGGUGAAACAUCCGCGUCUCCUGACGUUCACGACGCAGCUCAAAGCCGGGAAGGGACUGACCAUCGUCUGCUCGGUCCUGGAGGGAACCUACAUGACCCGGGGCAAUGAGGCCAAGACUGGAGAACAGAACAUGAAAGCUGCCAUGGCUGCAGAGAAAACCAAGGGUUUUUCCCACGUGGUGGUGUCGUCCAACCUGCGAGACGGUUUCUCCCUGCUCAUCCAGUCAGCAGGACUGGGAGGAAUGAAACACAACGCCGUCCUCAUGGCCUGGCCAGCGGGCUGGAAACAGGCCCUGGGCUCUUCUGCGAGGAGGAAUUUCAUAGAAACUGUGAGAGAGACGACCUCGGCGCAGCAGGCUCUGCUGGUCGCUAAGAACAUCGACCACUUCCCCAGCAACACGGAUCGCCUGGAGGGAAACAUCGACGUGUGGUGGAUUGUUCACGACGGCGGUCUCCUCAUGUUGCUGCCAUUCUUAAUCAGUCAACACAAGGUGUGGAGGAAUUGCAAAAUGAGAAUCUUCACAGUCGCCCAGAUGGACGACAACUCCAUCCAGAUGAAGAAAGACCUGCAGAUGUUCCUCUACCAUUUACGUCUGGACGCGGAGGUGGAGGUGGUGGAAAUGCACGACAGCGACAUCUCGGCCUUCACCUACGAGAAGACACUGAGGAUGGAGCAGAGGUCGCAGAUGCUCAAGCAGAUGCAGCUGUCUCGCACUGAGAGGGAGAGAGAGAUUCAGAGCAUCUCAGACGUUUCACGCAGCUCCAUUAGGAGGAAGAAGUCGCCGCCUACCUUCAACGUGCUGUGCAUACCAGAGGAGGAGGCCCAGUUGAUCCACGACCGUAACACGGCGUCUCACUCUACAGCGAACGACAAAGCCGCGGGGACCACACCUGAUCGCGUCCACAUGACCUGGACCAAAGACAAGCUGAUCAACGAGAGGAACAGACAGAGAGAGAACAUGGCAGUGAAGGACCUGUUUAAUAUGAAACCGGAGUGGGAGAAUCUGAGCCAGUCCAACGUUCGGAGGAUGCACACCGCCGUGAAGCUCAACGAGGUCGUCGUCAAGAAUUCCCAGUCGUCAGAGCUAGUGUUGCUCAACAUGCCCGGACCGCCAAAGAGCAAGAAAGGAGACGAGAACUACAUGGAGUUCUUGGAGGUUCUGAUGGAGGGUUUGGAUCGUGUCCUCUUGGUUCGUGGAGGAGGUCGGGAGGUCAUCACCAUCUACUCGUAGCAUCUAUAUGUUCUUAAACAUGUUAACACGGUGGGAACCCAGAGGGCAGGAGGGCGUUGUCCAUGGCUUCAAGCUGGGACAUGGACAGAGACAAGUGGCAGACGAAAUUCAGUACAAACGCCCUCACACUUGUCAGGAGACAGGAAGCCCACAUGGUGCGGAACAUUCUAGAGAACUACGGUGGCUGUGAAGGACUGGUGAAGCCUCCUGCUCCACCGCCUGGACUCAGUGACUUGUCUCUCUGCAUCGUGUCCUCCUGGAGGUUCCUGAACGCCUUCUCAUCUCUAGACUGUGAGAUGACAACUGUGAAGUCGCCCUGAGAUGUUCUGAGAUGAACCUGCACCUUGUAGUUACUUUUAGCAUUUCGUAGCCUUUCCGUAGCUUCCGGAUUAGCUUAUUGAUUUUGAUGAGGAACGCUGACAUACAAGUAGUAGGGGGUCUUUAUUUCAGCACAGUAGAGGAAACCAAAGUUAAACGUGAUUUUUAAAUCAUAAUCUUUUAUAGAGUGAGAUGUCAGAGGAAAACUGAUGUUUGUGAGGACAGCGUCGGGUAAAUGUGACACAAUUGAUCCAUAGGAAUCAACACUAAUGCUUGCAUUUAAAAGCUGCAGUGUGCCACUUUUAAAUAUAAACAUAUGUCCGUUAAGCCUCUCAGCACCAUGUGACUCUUUUGGUGCUUUUCCAUUAUACAGUUCUAGUGUUUGUUUUUUUUUGUUUUUUUUUUGCUUUUCCAUUAGGGAUAGUACAUGGAGCUUUUUUUGGUAUGUGCUCUGGCAAGUUUUUUAAGAGAUACUAAAAUGUGACAUCAUCAGA